AUGGGCAGUGCACCCACAAGCGACUUCCUCUACAACUGCAUCUUCUAUUGCCCGAUGCACCUGUCCAAGAUCACAGGGAUGCAUCUCGUGAUCGUCGCCAUGCCCCCGCUGCACACGCGCCUCAUCCUCUUCCCGUUCCUGUAUACUUUCUGGGGAUGUGCUCGGGCGGUGUUGAGGGAGAGCUUCAGAAAGUGGCACGCUUCAUAUCUCAACUUCAUGAGGAAGCCGCUGGUGGAGCUGUGGGACCACUGCCACCGCUUGCCGGAGCGAUGGUGUGGCCAGGGAGCACGGUGGCGGAUCUUCACCAGGAUUUCCUUGCCCGCGCACGCGCGUCUCGAGGCGGCCUCCGAGAGCGGCAGGGCGCCGGGUGACGGACCCGGCGGUGGAUGCGGCCAGACAGGCCCAGCAGGAGGAUCAAGCGCUGCAGAGAGGAGCUGGGAGGAGGAGGAGCUGGAGGAGCUGAGCGACGCCCAACAACGGGGCCUUGCUCCCCGACGCUGGCGCGCGCGAGCUGCCUGCGUAGAAGGCCGCGCGCGGACGCCUCCGUUUUCCACGCCGUGGGCCACGCUGGCGGGCCCUGCGGAGGGGAUCGCUGCGUCGGCCCGCGCGCAGUCGGGCCGAGAUGAGAUGCCCGGAGAGCUCGUAGAGACCCGGACCCCCUCGCGCUGGGAA